AUGCCUCGUGGUCAGAAGAGUAAGCUCCGUGCUCGUGAGAAACGCCGCCAAAACAGAGCUGAGAACCAAGUUGCUAAGAGUGCUCAGGCCACUACAGGAGAAGAAGAGGCCACUUGCUCCCCCUCUUCUGCUUUGGGGGAUGCUCCCUCAAGCUCCACUGGAGCUGGCACUGUCCAGGCACCUCCAGGUGCCUCAGCCACCUCCAGUGCUGCUGCAGGUGCUUCAUGUGAAAAAGCUGCUGUAAAAGCCAAAGGCCAGGUUCAGAAAAGCAAGAAGUCCUCCAAGGCCUCAACUUCCAAUGAGAGUUCUGGCCAAAAUCUACUAAGUAAGAAGGCAACUAUGUUGGUAGAGUACCUGCUGUAUCAGUUUAAAAGGAAUGAGCCUAUUAAAAAGACAGACAUGCUGAAGAUAAUCCACAAAUGGUACAGGAAGGACUUUCCUGAGAUCCUCAGGAAAGCUUCUGAGCGCAUGGAUCUGUUCUUUGGCCUGGAAUUGAAAGAAGUCGAGCCCAAAGGUAACUACUACACUCUUGUCAACAAUCAAGAGGAUACCAGUGAUGGGAGGGGCAGCGGCUUCAGAUAUCCUAAAAAGGGAAUUCUUAUGCCUGUCCUGGGUUUUAUUUUGUUGAAUGGCGACCACGCCUCUGAGGAGGAUACCUGGGAAUUUCUGAAUACCUUGGGCAUCUAUGAGGGAAAGAGUCACUUAAUAUUUGGGGAACCCAGGAAGCUUAUCACUCAAGAUUUGGUGCAGGAAAAAUACCUGGUGUACCGGCAGGUGCCCAGCAGUGAUCCUCCAUGCUAUGAGUUCCUGUGGGGUCCAAGAGCCCAAGUUGAGACCAGCAAGAUGAAAGUCCUGGAGUUUUUGGCUGAGCUCAAUGAUACGGUCCCCACUACCUUUUCACCCCAUUAUGAAGAAGCUUUGAAAGAUGAAGAAGAGAGAGCCCAAGCCAGAGCCCUAGGUACACCCAGGGCUGCCAAUCCUUCCAAGGCCCGUGGGCGCUCCAGAGCCAAAUCCAGCCACUGCCCUGUCCCUGAGUGA